AGUAAAUACUCUUUGUUUUAUAGCUGGCCUCCAACAAUGUCGCCCCAAUUGUUUCACGUAGUCACAGCAAUAGUCUUUUUGCUGGCGACGAGCCAUGCUGGGAACCACCAUGAAGGAAUUCAGAGAAUCCCUGGCAAACCUGGACUGAACAAAAUGCCUGUGAAAGAAGGAAAGCCUUGUUUAAAAGCACUCCCAGGACUGCAAGCAGGUCCCCCAGAGCCACCAAGUUCCAUGAGAGGUCCUUCUGGAAAAGAUGGGCUUCGUGGGCCACAAGGGCCUAGUGGUGAACGAGACGAGAAGGGAGAGCAAGGGCAGCCUGGACAACCAGGCCUACCUGUUUCUCGUGAUCCUGAAUUAGAAGAAACCCUCAAAGGAUUCAAAAAUCAAAUUGCCAGACUGGAAGGAGUCCUUGCCAUGGAUGGGACCAUAAAGACAUUUGGAAAAAAAAUGUUUGCUACCAAUGGGCAAGAAGUCGAUUUUGAGACCACACUGGAAGCAUGCAAACAGGCGGGCGGCUCCAUUGCAUCUCCCAGGAAUAAGGGGGAGAAUGAUGCUGUUUUCAGUAUUGUGAGGUUAUUUAACAGAUAUGCCUAUCUGGGCAUUAAGGGGGGUGGGAUUCCAGGUAAAUUCAAUUUCCUGGAUGGAACAGCCGUAAAUUACACAAACUGGCAUGCAGGUGAGCCCAGUGACAUAGGGAAAGAAAACUGCAUGGAGAUGUGCACUAAUGGUGCCUGGAAUGGCACAAGUUGCAACCAGUCCCGCCUCACUAUCUGUGAAUUUUAAUCCUUGCUCCUACAUUUCCUUCAAAAUGUCGGACAUCUCUAGGGUCCUUUGAAUUCUUUCUUUCAUCCACAAACAAGAAUCUGUUUUCUCAGCAUUGUAGU